GCACGACGUUAAAUGAAAAAACUUGGCUAUGGUUGCAACUAUAAAGUUCGCAUCCCCCUUUAGAAAUCUCACCUUUACAAUCAACAGCUGGUGUGACUAAUAUUGGAAUUUUUGGAAUAUGCUGCAAGUGGAAUAUUUGGUUUUGUUUUUUGCCUUGUUGCAAUAUACAACUUGUGAAGGUGGAAUAUUCAAGGAGUAUGAUCUAAAUCAAAAUCGUGAAGUGAAUAAUGAUUAUUACUUAAGUACCUUAGAAGUAAGCUAUUAUGAUGCUUUACAAAUGUGCCAUGAAAAAGAUAUGCAACUGGUUAGUAUCGAGACUGGCGUGAAGAACAAACAAAUUUUUAAAUUAUUAAACGGUAGUAUUGAUGAACCAUUUUGGACGUCUGGAAAUAGGCUUUCAACAGGAACCUGGAUAUGGUUGAAAGGAGAAUCUUUUGAAUUCGAAAAUUUCAAAAGAAAUAACCAUUAUGAUCCAUCGAAUAGGCAGUGCAGAGUAGUUAGUAAAAUAUCGAAUGAUCUAUUUUGGAACAUAGAAAAUUGUGAUAAAACACUUCGUUUCAUAUGUGAAAAAUUAAAGAAAGAAGUCACAAAUCCAAAAUGUGAAGAUUAUAGUGAAGAUUUGGUACAUGGAAAUACACUAGUAAAUAAGAAAUAUUAUAUUGGUAGAGAAAUUAUUACAUAUUCCAAAGCUCUGCAAGUGUGCAGAUCCAAGUGCAUGAAAUUGGUCAGUAUAGAAAACGUAGAAAAAAAUCGAGAUUUGUUUGAGGCUUUUGUCGAUGCAGGUGCUACACAAAUAUUCUGGUCAUCAGGACAUUUCAAGCCAGGCAAUAUGUGGCAAUGGACUAAUGGCAAAGUGGUUGAUUUUGUCAGCUGGAAUAAAGGUGAACCAAACAACGCGAGGAGGAAUGAAUUUUGCAUAGAAAUUUUGAAAAACGACAAAAAAAUUGUUUGGAACGAUCAACCUUGUGAAGACAAACGAAUGUACGUCUGUGAAACCAUCGAUAAUGAAAAUGAUAAAGCACCAUGAAUAAAAUGACUAGCUAUACAACAAAAAUUGUCAACUUUCUAAAUAGUUUAUAAAAGAAGUUAAAUAAUUAAAUGUUUGGUUAAAUAAUAA